ACCCGCCCCAGGCCCCGCCGCCGCCGCCGCCAUGCAGGGCGAGGAUGCCCGAUACCUCAAGAGGAAGGUUAAAGGAGGAAAUAUUGAUGUGCAUCCAUCAGAAAAGGCACUUAUUGUUCAAUAUGAAGUGGAAGCUACCAUUCUUGGAGAAAUGGGGGAUCCCAUGCUGGGAGAACGGAAGGAAUGUCAAAAAAUAAUUCGUCUGAAAAGUCUCAAUGCUAAUACUGAUAUCACUUCCUUGGCUCGGAAAGUGGUUGAAGAGUGUAAACUCAUUCAUCCCUCAAAACUAAAUGAGGUGGAACAGCUGUUAUAUUACUUACAGAACCGGCGUGAUGCUUUGUCAGGGAAAGAAAAAAAAGAAAAAUCUAGCAAGCCUAAAGAUCCACCUCCUUUUGAAGGAAUGGAGAUUGAUGAAGUCGCCAAUAUUAAUGAUAUGGAUGAGUACAUUGAAUUAUUGUAUGAAGAUAUUCCUGAUAAGGUGCGCGGUUCUGCCUUGAUUCUGCAGCUUGCUCGGAAUCCUGAUAACUUGGAAGAACUACUGCUCAAUGAAACUGCCCUUGGUGCAUUAGCCAGAGUAUUGAGAGAAGACUGGAAGCAAAGUGUGGAAUUGGCUACUAACAUAAUAUAUAUUUUCUUCUGCUUUUCCAGUUUUUCUCAGUUUCAUGGGCUAAUCACUCACUAUAAAAUUGGAGCUCUGUGUAUGAAUAUAAUUGAUCAUGAACUGAAGAGACAUGAACUCUGGCAAGAGGAACUUUCUAAGAAGAAGAAAGCUGUUGAAGAAGACCCUGAAAACCAAACUAUGAAAAAAGAUUAUGAAAAAACCUAUAAGAAGUACCAAGGUUUGGUGGUAAAGCAGGAACAGCUCUUACGAGUUGCUCUUUAUUUGCUUUUGAACCUUGCUGAGGAUACUCGGACUGAGCUGAAAAUGAGGAACAAGAACAUAGUUCAUAUGCUAGUGAAGGCACUUGAUCGAGAUAAUUUUGAACUCCUAAUUCUGGUGGUGUCUUUCCUAAAGAAACUUAGCAUUUUUAUGGAAAACAAAAAUGAUAUGGUAGAAAUGGACAUCGUUGAAAAAUUGGUGAAAAUGGUACCUUGUGAACAUGAAGAUCUCCUAAAUAUCACCCUAAGACUUUUGUUAAAUCUGUCCUUUGAUACAGGACUGAGAAACAAGAUGGUACAAGUUGGACUACUUCCCAAACUUACUGCACUUUUAGGAAAUGAAAAUUACAAGCAAAUAGCAAUGUGUGUUCUCUACCACAUAAGCAUGGAUGACCGAUUUAAGUCAAUGUUUGCAUAUACUGAUUGUAUACCACAGCUAAUGAAAAUGCUCUUUGAGUGCUCUGAUGAACGAAUUGACCUAGAGCUCAUCUCCUUCUGCAUCAACCUUGCUGCUAACAAGAGGAACGUACAGCUUAUUUGUGAAGGAAAUGGACUGAAGAUGCUUAUGAAGAGGGCUCUAAAAUUCAAGGAUCCACUGUUGAUGAAGAUGAUUAGGAACAUUUCACAGCAUGAUGGACCAACUAAAAAUUUGUUUAUUGAUUAUGUUGGGGAUCUCGCAGCUCAGAUCUCUAAUGAUGAAGAAGAGGAAUUUGUGAUAGAAUGUUUGGGGACCCUAGCAAAUCUCACCAUCCCUGACUUGGACUGGGAGCUAGUUCUCAAAGAGUACAAGUUGGCCCCGUACCUCAAGGAUAAACUUAAACCAGGUGCUGCCGAAGAUGAUCUUGUUUUAGAAGUGGUUAUAAUGAUUGGAACUGUGUCUAUGGAUGAUUCUUGUGCUGCAUUGCUAGCCAAAUCAGGAAUCAUUCCAGCACUUAUUGAAUUGCUGAAUGCUCAACAAGAAGAUGAUGAGUUUGUGUGUCAGAUAAUCUAUGUCUUCUACCAGAUGGUUUUCCACCAAGCUACUAGAGAUGUCAUCAUCAAGGAAACACAGGCUCCAGCUUAUCUAAUAGACCUAAUGCAUGACAAAAAUAAUGAGAUCCGCAAAGUCUGUGAUAAUACGUUAGAUAUCAUAGCGGAAUACGAUGAAGAGUGGGCUAAGAAAAUUCAGAGUGAGAAGUUCCGCUGGCAUAACUCUCAGUGGCUUGAGAUGGUAGAGAGUCGUCAGAUGGAUGAGAGUGAACAAUACUUAUAUGGAGAUGAUCGAAUUGAACCAUACAUCCAUGAAGCAGAUAUCCUUGAAAGACCUGACCUGUUCUACAGUUCAGAUGGAUUGAUUGCUCCUGAAGGUGCCAUGAGUCCGGAUUUCUUCAAUGAUUAUCACCUUCAGAAUGGAGACUUAGUGGGGCAACAUUCCUUUCCUGGAAGUCUUGGAGUUGAUGGUUUUGGUCAGCCAGUUGGCAUUCUUGGACGCCCCGCCACAGCUUAUGGAUUCCGCCCUGAUGAACCUUACUACUAUGGCUAUGGAUCUCGCUGAAAGUCAUCCCUGCCCCAAUUCCUUUUUGAUGUGUCCUCCCAACUUGCUAGAAAACAGUGUGUGUUUAGCUCCUUUGGACCUUGGCCUGGUAAUGCAUGUUGAUACCACUGCAGGUCUGUGUGAUGUUUCCUUUUUUGUCUUGUUGUUAGCUGAUGGUUAAACCCAACUCUUUCUUCUUGUGUUAAUGUUGCUGGUGGUGAUGUAGUUCACACAUCAGGCUACAUUUUGAGGUUGUACAGUAUUUGCCAUGGGACUUGAAAGUGAAUGUUAAAAAGCUACUGGACUGGAAAGUAAACACUACAUUAUGUAUAUUAAGCAAUUAAUUUAAUUUCUAUUAAAAACAAGAAGCUUACAGUGCUGAUAAACAA